AAUUAACAACCAACCCAUCAUUUCUCACGCCUUUAUUCACGCCUUCAAACACUCUCUCAUCUCCGCCGCCGGUCGGCAUAUCAACAAUCGUACAUAGGUUAUGUCUUCCCCGCCGCCGGCAACAUCGCCACCCACUAACACCACCACUUCACCACCACCAGCACCCACCACUACCACCCCUUCCGCCCCUCCUCCAUCAUCAUCUCCACCGCCGUCUCAACCACCACCUUCAUCCCCACCACCCACACCUCCCGUCACAUCACCACCUCCACCUGUCACUCUACCACCGUCCAUUUCCCCUCCGGCCCCACCUCCACCAUCUGGGUCUACCCCAUUACCACCGUCCACUUCCCCUCCGGCCUCACCUUCACCUCCACCACCAUCUGGGUCCACACCAUCGACACCACCAUCUGGGUCACCACCAUCACCACCAGCUAGUACGUCACCACCACCACCCACACCAUCAAGAAACAGCCCACCGGCGGGACGAAACACACCAUCUCCGCCGCCACCGCCACCCAGAAGUGUGUCUUCUGGUCCACCGGCGGUAAUGUCUCCGCCGUCUGAUGGUGGUGGGAUAUCAACUGGGGCUGUUGUUGGGAUUGCUGUUGCUGCUGUAUUUAUACUUGGUUUUUUUAGUAUUCUUUUUAUUUGCUGUAAGAAAAGAAAAAGAAGAACCACCCAUGAUCCUCCUUCCAAUUAUUAUAUCCCUCCUCCUCCCAAAGUUGAUUCUUAUGGUGGUGGACAACAACAAUGGCAAAAUAACGUGCCACCGCCAGGUGAUCAUGUCGUUAUGAUACCGCCAGUAAAACCUCCAUUAAUGGGAACUAGACCACAACAGUCACCAGCUAGAUCACAAUCUCCGCAGCCUCCGCCUUUUAGUAGUGGUGGUUCAGGGUCAAACUAUUCUGCCGGUUCAAAUGGAGUUCCACCGCUUACGCCUGGUUUGUCGUUGGGGUUUUCAAAGAGUACGUUUUCUUAUGAAGAGCUAGCGAUGGCUACGGAUGGGUUUUCUGAAUCGAAUGUUCUUGGACAAGGUGGGUUUGGGUAUGUUUAUAAAGGGGUGCUUCCAAAUGGAAAAGAGGUGGCUGUUAAGUCGUUGAAAGCUGGUAGUGGACAGGGUGAGCGCGAGUUUCAAGCUGAGGUCGAGAUUAUUAGUCGAGUCCAUCACAAACAUCUUGUUUCAUUGGUUGGAUAUUGCAUUAGUGGUGAUCAAAGAAUGCUUGUUUAUGAGUUUGUACCCAACAAUACUUUGGAAUUCCAUUUACAUGGGAAGAAUCGCCCAGUGAUGGAGUUUGCAACACGAAUGCGUAUUGCUCUUGGAUCUGCAAAAGGACUGGCUUAUCUUCAUGAGGACUGCCAUCCGAAGAUCAUUCAUCGUGAUAUCAAGGCUGCUAAUAUUCUUAUUGAUUACAAUUUUGAAGCAAAGGUUGCUGAUUUUGGGCUUGCCAAGAUCACUUCUGAUGUAGCUACUCAUGUCUCUACCCGAGUGAUGGGAACUUUUGGUUAUCUAGCACCAGAGUAUGCAUCUUCGGGCAAAUUGAGUGAGAAAUCUGAUGUUUUCUCGUAUGGGGUCAUGCUCUUGGAAUUGAUUACAGGCCGCAGGCCGGUUGAUUCUGCAAAUGCUUUUAUGGAUGAUAGUUUAGUUGACUGGGCAAGACCACUGCUAACCCGGGCUUUGGAAGAUGGAAACCUAAAUGCCAUUGUUGACCCACGUUUACGAGACUACAACCAGACUGAGAUGGCUAGGAUGGUAUCAUGUGCAGCUGUGUGUGUCCGUCACUCGGCUCGCCGCCGACCUAAGAUGAGCCAGGUGGUCCGAGCAUUAGAAGAUGACGUAUCUCUUGCUGAUCUAGAUGAGGGGAUCAAGCCAGGGCACAGCUCAGUCUACAGUGAGAGCUCAGACUAUGACACUGCCCAAUACAACAAAGACAUGGUCAAGUUCAGAAAAAUGGCUCUGGGCACACAAGAAUAUGCCACUGGUGAGUUCAGCCAACCUACAAGUGAAUAUGGGCUGAACCCAUCAGGCUCAAGUAGCGAAGGGCGGAACACACGAGAAAUGGAAAUGGGUAGGUUGAGGAAGGAUAGUGGCGGUUAUAGCGACGGGUUUUGAUUUUGACAGGAAUUGUACAAAAGUUUAUGCUAAUUUUUUGAUUAAAUUUCUAUUUUUAUAUAGUUUGAUUGUUAUUGGGUUA